AUGUCUUCGAAGAGUGAAUUAAAAAAAUUAUCGGAAGAAAGUCUGACGAGACAGCCAGAAGAAGUAUUUGAUGUUAUAUGUAAACUAGGAGAAGGGUCCUAUGGAUCAGUUUACAAAGCAUUGCAUAAAGAAAGUGGACAAGUACUUGCUAUUAAACAAGUACCAGUGGAUACUGACCUACAGGAGAUUAUUAAGGAAAUUUCCAUCAUGCAACAAUGCGACUCUCCAUAUGUUGUUAAAUAUUAUGGAAGUUACUUUAAGAAUACAGAUUUAUGGAUUGUGAUGGAGUACUGUGGAGCUGGUUCUGUUAGUGAUAUCAUGAGGUUAAGAAAGAAGACUCUCCAAGAGGAUGAAAUCGCGACAAUCCUGAGUGAUACUCUAAAAGGAUUGGAAUACCUUCACUUGAGAAGAAAAAUUCAUAGAGACAUUAAGGCUGGGAAUAUUCUUCUUAAUAAUGAAGGCCAUGCAAAGUUGGCUGAUUUCGGUGUGGCGGGUCAAUUAACGGAUACCAUGGCUAAACGUAAUACAGUCAUCGGUACACCAUUCUGGAUGGCACCAGAAGUAAUACAAGAGAUCGGUUAUGAUUGUGUAGCUGAUAUAUGGUCUCUGGGAAUAACGGCCUUAGAAAUGGCCGAGGGCAAGCCGCCGUACGGCGACAUACACCCGAUGAGAGCAAUAUUUAUGAUUCCGACUAAACCACCACCUAGUUUUAGAGAACCUGAUCAGUGGAGUCCAGAAUUCAUCGAUUUUGUCAGUGGGUGCCUUGUAAAAAAUCCUGAAGAAAGAGCUACUGCAACUGAGCUUUUACAGCACGAAUUCAUAGGCAAUGCCAAACAGCCAAGUAUCUUGAGUCAAAUGAUAGCCGAGGCUCAUGAAAUACGAGAAAAGCAGAAUGCGCAUAGAGCUCACAUUAUAAACAAUGUGGCGAUUAAAAGUCAAAACCAGGCAGAGGAUUCGGAUGAGGACGAUUGUAGUGGAACUAUGAAACCAUUACCGGAAGAUAGCAGGACUUUAGUACCGAGUCAUGAUCUUCCAGACACGGGUACUUUAGUUUCGGCGAUGUUGGACUUGGGUACAAUGGUUAUUAAUAGUGAUACCGAUACCGAAGCUACUAUGAAGAGACAUAAUACUGGUUCUGUAGAAUCCAGCAAAAAAUAUCGACCAUUAUUCUUAGAUCACUUUGAUAAGAAAGAAGCACCUGAAAUCGGAAAGGGUAAUGGACAAAUGUUGGGAGCACACAAUAUGGAAAAUGCGAACCAAUUGGAGCAACAAAGUCCAAUCGAAUCUCAUAGGUUUCAGAGUCAUUUGCAACUACAGCUGCAGAAUCAGAUCUCUCAUCCCGUACCAGAACAGCCAUAUAACAAUAUAUCAAAGUUUCAAAAUGUUUUCACAGAACGUGAUUUCGACUUUAGAAGCCGUAUCCUGCAGUUGAAGUUCCUCUCCUACGAGGAACUACAGCAACGAAUGGCUAAUCUGGAUGCGGAAAUGGAGCGGGAGAUUGAUGAGCUGAGAAAAAGAUAUCAGACGAAAAGACAGCCUAUUCUGGAUGCCAUUGACACUAAGCGGAAACGUCAACAGAACUUCUAACAGUCCUCCUUUACGCGAAUAAGUGAUGACGAAUAGAUAAAGGGUGUACAGUUGUGUAUAAAUGAAUAGAUUUUAUUCGCGUCAUCCCUGGCUUCAUCAAAGAGAAGAACAUUGUUUCCACACCGUGAAUAUUUUACCUCAUAAAUGGAUAAACGUGUAGCGAUUGUGGUUUCCUGUUUACUCGCAAAUCACAAUGUUGCUUUUCUUUAUGAAUUCUGGGAUAUUAGAGUAAUAGCUAAUAGCCUCACGUCAUCAAUGUAAAUUUUAUGUGAUUUAGGUGAAGAAACAAUCACAAUACUUAAUUUUUGUAUUAUGUUUACCUAUAUUUACUGAUAAAUAUAUCCUAUUCUUGUAAGGAUAUUCUGAGAGACUCCUCUAGGGUCAUUAGAAAAUAAAAAGAAAUGCAAUAGGAAUGCAGAGACAAAUGCAUCAUAAUUACAGUUUUUAUCGAGAAAGAAAUUUUAUAUUUACUUGAAAAGAAAUCGGUAUUUCGUAUCGUGCUACGCUAGUCAUUUAUAAUGCCAUUUUAUCCAGAAUAUAAAAAAUCAUUAAUUCAUGUAAAAUGCACUUAAACGGCUAAGCAGUUUCUUGAGUGUGAAUGCUCUAUUUAAUCAUGACAGUUUGAAAUAAGCGAACAAGGCUGUAAGAUUUAAUUAAUUUACUUUUUAUUCUACUGCCAUAGAUAGACUCUCUACUCUCAUUCGUUUACUAAUACUAAUCACUAACUUUAGUUUAUAUCAAUUUACUAAAUGAUUAUAUUUACUUUUCAAAUUGCAAAUAUGUCCAACACCAAUAUGAUCGCAAUUCUAAAGUAAUGAAUAGUGUUCUUCAGUAUGCAGCAUCAUGACGAAAAAAUGAUGCCGCAUUCUAUAAGAUAUUUCAUAAACGAACUUACUAGUAUUAGAGUCUUCCGCGCGCCGUAUAUUAGAAAGUAUUCUCCAGUAUGCUCUAAUUUACUUUGUCAUGAUAUGAAAAUUGUUGAAACUGAAAUUUAUCAGAUUUCACUAACG